CUUUAAUUGAAGACUCUCUCCUAGGUGUCACUGUCAGUCCAGCAUUCCCUCUCUUCCACUUAUUAUAUAACUAUUCAGAAACAAACAGUGUUUGUUCUAGACUCAGCCAAACCAAUCAAUAAGAAUCAGCAGUAGAGAAGAAUUGGACAAUGUGCAGUCUCUUUCUCUGGGGAGGAUCAUCCACUUUGUGAUUUCCGUUCCGUCUAUGGUGCAUUAUUGGUUCCACCGUUUGGCAAUCCCAUAAAUGUCUUUUACAUGCAUAUAACUUGGUUCUCUUUCGAAGUUCAUCUUUUCAUUAUCUUCUCAUUCUAUCUAUCAAUACAUGGAUUCUCCACAAAGCCAUGGUACAUUCUCUGAUGAGUUUAAGCGGGAGACAUGGAAGCACACACUCCUUUUCUCAUUUCAAAGCCUUGGAGUAAUUUAUGGUCAAAUAAGUACAGCUCCCUUAUAUGUCCUUGGGACAAUUCCUGCAAAUGAUCUCAAAUCAGAUGAGACUGUAUAUGAGCUCUUUUCCUUUAUUUUCUGGACAAUGACCAUCAUUUCAUUACUGAAGUAUGCCUUUAUAGUACUGAAGGUUGAUGAUGAUGGAGAGGGUGGUACUUUUGCUUUGUAUUCACUAUUAUGCAGGCAUGCCAAAGUAGGCCUGCUUCCAAUUGACACAAGUGCUAAUGAGGUUAUGCAGUAUGAAGUGAGAAGCUCUUUCAAGGUCAAUGUUAAAUCAAGGGCUUGGAGGACCAUAGCAAAACAUAAAAGUAGUCACUACUUUAUAUUGUUCUUGGCUCUGUUUGGUUCCUGCAUGACAAUUGGGGAAGGAGUGCUUACUCCAGCUCUCUCUGUGUUAUCAGCUUCAUCAGGUAUUCAGAGAUCAUUGUCAUACAUGUCACAUAAAUAUUUUUCAUCCCAAAGGAAACAGGAGUCCAUCUCAAACGCUUUAGAAAGAUAUGUACCAGUUCCCACUGCAUGUGCUAUAUUGGUAUGCCUUUUCAUGCUGCAGCACUAUGGGACUCAUAAGAUUGGAUUUAUGUUUGCUCCAAUUAUCAUUAUUUGGCUUCUAUUUAUCGGUGGAGUGGGCAUAUAUAACAUCUUUUACUGGAACAAACAAAUCAUCCAUGCGAUCCUCCCAGUAUACCUGUACAGAUUUGUGAGAAAUACUGACAUUGGUAGUUGGAGAUCAUUAGGCAGCAUCAUUCUAUGCGUAGCAGGAUCAGAGGCCAUUUUUGCAGAUCUCGGCCAUUUCUCAAAGAAAUCAAUCAAGGAUCUAUACGUCAGAGUUAUAAAGAACUUGUGGAUGAUGCCUCUGCUGCAGAUUGCAUUUGUUUGCUUGAUUUAUCCAGUUCUUAUUUCAUGCUAUGCGGGUCAGGCUGCAUAUAUGUCCAAAAACUUGCAUGUUGAAGAUUUUAAUAAUCUCACUGAAUCUGUACCUCGGCCUAUUCGCCAUUUCUUUAGUGUAUUAUCCCUAUUUGCCUCAGUUGUUGGAAGCCAAGCAACCAUAACAGCCAGUUUCUCCAUCAUAAACCAGUGCCUGGCACUUAAUUGUUUUCCCAGAGCCAAAGUUAUUCAUACAUCAGAUAAGAUACAUGGGCAAGUUUACAUUCCAGAUGUCAACUGGUUAUUGAUGAUUCUCAGCCUCACAGUCACAAUUGGUUUCCAUGAUAUUGUGAGAAUUGGUAAUGCAACAGGUUUGGCUGUAAUUUCUGGAAUGCUCAUAACAACUUGUCUGAUGUCUCUUGUAAUUGCUCUGUACUGGGAGAAGAAUUUUUUUCUAUCUUCAUGUUUUCUGAUAUUCUUUGGCUUCGUUGAGACCAUGUAUCUAUCAGCUUGUAUGCUGAAUUUUCACAAGGGAGCCUGGUAUCUGGUUGUCCUUCUGGCAUUGUCAUUGACAUUAAUGCUUGCAUGGCAUUAUGGAACUGUGAAGAAAUACGAGUAUGAUUUACAAAACAAGGUAUCCACAGAGUGGCUAACAGAACUUGGUCCUGGCCUUGGAGUUUCUAGGAUACCUGGAAUUGGCUUUAUUUACACCGAUAUAGUGACUGGAAUCCCAGCUUUCUUCUCACAUUUCAUUGCCAAUCUACCUGCAUUUCAUCAGGUGCUCAUUUUCGUUUCCUUCAAGUCUCUAGCUGAGCCUCAUGUCCCCCCAAGUCGAAGGUAUCUUAUAGGCCGGGUAGGACCUAAAGAUUAUAGAAUUUAUCGUUGCAUUGUUAGACACGGGUACUGUGAUCACAUUAGGGAUACAGAUGACUUCGAGGAAAAGAUCAUUCGUUCAAUUGGAGAAUUCAUUUCCAUGGAAGAAAGUGAUUUCGAAUCCUUGACGUCUCCCGAAGGAAGAAUGGUUGUAGUUGGAAAGCCAUUGCCAGGACAAAAUGCUUUGAUUCCGCUAGAUGAUACUGACUCAACAGUUGGUUCUGCUAGCUUGGCAAACAAUGACUCUCAGAUAAGUCCAUUGGAUAAAAUUGGUGUUCCUGUAAAGAAAAAGGUCAGAUUCAUGUUGCCUCAAAAUUGUCCUCAAAUGCGGGUAUCUGUCAGGGAUGAGCUACAAGAACUAAUUGAUGCCAGGGAGAGUGGUACUGCAUAUUUCCUAGGCCAGUCACAUUUAAUAGUGCGUGAAGGCUCAAACUUUCUAAAGCGAUUCCUGAUCAUGACUUAUAUUUUUUGUGAUAAAAACUGCCGACAACCUCCAGUGGCCCUGAACAUUCCUCAUGCUGCUCUAGUAGAGGUUGGUAUGGUCUAUACCAUAUAACUUGUACGCCAUUGUAUUUUAAGUUUAUAACAGUGUAGACUAUGAGGAAUAGACUAAAAAAAAAAAACUGUGACAAAGAAAGGGGAAAAAAUUCCCUGGUUUAUGUAGUAGUUUUAAAGGAGUCUAAAAGGAGAGGAAAAAAGAAUUAUGUGUGUUUGGUGAGCUUCUCUGUUUUUGGAUUUGUUGACAGCCCAAGUAUGGGGAACAGAACAAA